AUAGCCUGUGCUUUAUUGCAUAGUCCUCCCCAGGGCCGGUCAAAUCGCAGGGGAUUCUUUGUAGAAGGAAGCAAGGAUGCCUCUAAUAUUUGAUCUCCUCUGGUUUUUGGUCAUUACAAUCUAUUCCUAUAUUGAAGCUUUGGUGAAAUGUUUUAUUCCUGUGAAGAGGAAAUCUGUCACUGGUGAAAUUGUCCUUAUCACUGGAGCUGCACACGGUAUCGGAAGACUCACAGCCUUUGAAUUUGCCAAACAUGGGAGCCGAUUGGUUCUCUGGGACAUAAACAAGCCUGGUGUAGAGGAAACAGCUGAAGAAUGCAGACGGCUGGGAGCCAAAGCAUAUCCUUCUGUGGUAGACUGCAGUUCGAAGGAGGAAAUCUACUGUGCGGCCGAGAAAGUGAGAAAAGAUGUUGGAGAUGUUACUAUCUUAGUGAAUAAUGCCGGUGUGGCAUCAACAGGAGAUCUCCUUUCCAUCCAGGACAAGCAAAUAGAAAAAAUAUUUGAUGUCAACAUUCUAGCUCAUCACUGGACAACAAAAGCGUUCCUGCCAGCUAUGAUGAAAAAUAACCAUGGUCAUAUUGUCACUGUUGCAUCAGCUGGUGGGUUUGUGCCCACCCCUUUUCUGGUGCCUUAUUGCUCAAGCAAGUUUGCUGCUGUAGGGUUUCAUAAAGGCUUCACUAAAGAAUUGUCUGCUUUGGGAAAAGAUGGGAUCAAGACCACCUGCCUUUGUCCAGUUUUUUUAAAUACUGGGCUUUUAAAAAACCCACAGUCAAGGUUAUUGCCUAUUCUGAAACCCGAAGAAGUUGCAAGUAAGCUCAUGGAUGGGAUACUCUGCAAUCAAAAGAUGAUUUUUAUGCCAUCUCACGUUAAAUUGUAUCCUUUGCUGGAAGUAAUCCUCCCUGAGAAUGCUUUGGUAGCUUUGAAUAAAGUAAUGAAGAUCAAAUUUGAUACGGAGAAAAAAGAAUGACUCAAAGUCUCAGAUCUUCAGAAGCUUUCCUAAUUUUAGGUUCUGUGGAAUCACAUUUCUAAUGUCACCGUUUAAUACUCCUAAUAUGUAACCUGCCAAAGGAAUCCCAAGCAUUCUUCUUCACAAAUCUAUAUUAAGAUAUCUUUUAAAGUGCUAGUACAA